CUCUGCUCUAUGAGGAUGAAGCCCAGUGCCUCAAAGUGGCAUCACUCUAAUCAUUCUUGUCUUUCAUUUGUAGGAAACAUUGGGAGGAAGAAGAUGAGUUGCUUCAGGUUCCUCAAGGGAAUGAUGUUCAUCUUCAAUGGCAUCAUAUUUGUGGCUGGCAUCGUCAUUCUGGCCAUUGGAGUGUGGGUGAAAGUGGACAGCAGCUCAUUCCUCAAAAUCCUAACUAUCAAAAGUGGGGGGCCUGAGCCAGAUAUCAAUGUUGGCUACCUCUGCAUUGCUCUGGCCUUUUCCCUGAUGAUUGUGGGCUUUCUGGGAUGCUGGGGAGCUCUGAAGGAAAACAAGGCUCUGCUCAUGCUGUUCUUCGUCAUUGUCCUUUUGAUCUUUAUAGUGGAGGUCACUGGAGGUGUGGUGGUCCUGGCCUUCUCAUCUUUGGCUGAGAUUAUUGUGGAGGGAAUUGGGGUGGAAGCCAAAAAGAGCAUUAAAACUGACUAUGGCAAAAAUACUGAUAUCACGAAAGUCUGGGACUCCUUAAUGACAGAGCUGAAAUGCUGUGGAUUCACGAAUUACAAUGACUUCACUGGCAGCCCUUUCCACAUCAGUACCAGCAACUAUCCCCCUGUUUGCUGCACUAACUCAACCAGCUGCAUUCAGGCCGAUGCCAUGUUAUCGAAAAUUAACGGCUGCUACCUGUCCCUCCUGAGGUUCUUAAAAGACCAUUCGAUAGUGCUGGGCGGAGUGGCCAUGGGCAUCGCUGCACUGGAGCUGGCUGCUCUGGUGGUGUCAAUGGUGCUGUUCUGUAAAAUUACUCCCAGAUGAGUGGCACAAUACCCCUGAGGAAAACAAAAAAAACAAUCAUGCGUGCUUUUAGAAGUCUGUUAGAAAAACUACAAAGGCUAACAUCUAUCAGCCCUAUGCCUUUGUAGGCAUCCCAUAAUGUUCCUCAGUUUUACCAACCGUUAGUUUCUUAUUAGAACAAUUAGGGAAAGCUCAUCGAAGAACUAUUAAAUGAAAUCUAUAUUUUUAUAUCUGAUGAAGUUAAAGAAAACGUUCCGUUUUAUGGAUUGUGAAUAAAAAGUACAUUGGAGACUGCCUAACAAAUUGAAAAGAAUUCAUGCAAACAUUGCCAGGUAGUUCUGACUUCACAUGAUGAAUCAGGGCCUGGCUUUAUCCUCCACAAGGUCACCCCACACCCA